GACUCUGCCUCAAAAAUAAAAUAAAAUAAAAAAGAAUGGAUUACUCAAAGGGGUUAUUAUGAUACCUUUCCGUUGCAUGUGUCCUAAAAAGAAACUUUGUUUCCUAUUUCCAAAGCCGGUUGUAUCUCUCUUAUCCAACUUAAUGAAUGCCUGGUCAACUCUUCACUUUCUCAGCCGGAGUUUAUUUUUACUUUCACAGCAGUUACAAAUGGAAAGCAAGCCUCGGUCUCUCAAACCAGAGCUACUCCUCUCCAGUCCUUGCUGAAGUUCUGCGUUUGCCUAGUCUGCUUUCCUCUCAUUUCGUACCUCAAGCCUGCCCCAGAGGUCCGAGGCCGGGAGCCGAGGUCAAACGCGUUCCCCGGUCCACCUAACGAUUCCAGCCUUGCGCCUCCCCCGACACGCGCAGAGCGCCAGGGCCGUCCCCUGUUCUCAAAUCCUAUUGGUUGAAGUCCACGUCUCUCAUCGUUCUGGGGACGGAACAAGAAGGAGGGGACCGUCUCUGGGCGCGAGAAGAUGACGUCACAGAGCGGGCUGGAUGUCCUCAGUGGUUCGGUUCCCUACGCUCGCCGACUGGUGCUGAUUGAAGAUUCCCCUCCGUUGGCGCCGCGGUCGCAAUGACCAUUUGCCAGUUCUUCCUUCAAGGCCGGUGCCGCUUUGGAGACCGGUGUUGGAACGAACAUCCCGGUGCCAGGGGUGCGGGCGGGGGACGGCAUCAGCCGCAGCAACAGCCCUCAGGUAGCAACAGACGUGGAUGGAAUACCACCAACCAGAGAUAUUCCAGCGUAAUACAGCCAUCCAGUUUCACCAAAUCAACACCAUGGGGGGGCAGCAGAGAUCAAGAAAAGCCAUCUUUUAGUUCUUUUGGUUCUGGAGCUUCAACUGGAAGGAACAGGGGCUUUGGAUUCUCAGAGAACCCAUUUGCUUCACUUAGCUCUGAUGGACAGAAGGAGGAAAAGAAACUUCUAGAAGGGAUUGUAAAAGAUAUGGAGAUUUGGGAAUCAUCAGGGCAGUGGAUGUUUUCUGUUUAUUCACCAAUGAAAAUGAAACCUAAUAUUUCAGGUUUUACAGACAUUUCACCAGAGGAGUUGAGGCUUGAAUACCAUAACUUCUUAACCAGCAAUAACUUACAGAGUUAUCUAAAUUCAGUCCAACAGUUAAUAAAUCAAUGGAGGAACAGAGUAAAUGAACUGAAAAAUCUAAAUAUAUCAACUAAAGUAGCUUUGCUCUCUGAUAUAAAGGAUGGAGUAAACCAAUCACCACCUACAUUUGGAUUUGGUAGUAGGCAAGCAACAACAUUUGGAUCACCAGGUUUUCCAGUUAAUAGCAGCAGCAGUGGUAAUGCUCAGAAUUUUAGUUUUAAUACAAAUCCUGGGUUUGUCACUGCCCCUUCUGGAAGCCCUUCUGUGUUUGGAAGUCCUCCAGCAUUUGGAGCUGUAACUUCUGUUAGUUCUGCCAUGUCUACUUCUACUCCAGUUUUUGGAUUUGGGAAAUCUGAAGUCACAUCGGCCACUUCAUUUCCAUUUAAAAACCCUGAAGCUUCUAGUUUUGGAUCAUCUGAAUUUUCAGGAUUUCUAGCUUCCUUAGCAGCAGGCCCUGUCAGAGCUCCAGUGGCCCCGGCCUUUGGAAGUGUCAGUUCUGUGGCUGGCUUUGGUAGUCCAGGCUCACAUUCUUACGCUGCUUUUUCCAAGCCAUCUAAUGACGCCUUUGGUAAUAGCAGCAUAUCCACCUCUCUCUUGGUAUCAAACAGCAUCAUUGCAACAGAUAAUGUAUUAUUCACACCCAAGGAUAAACUAACAGUGGAAGAACUGGAACAGUUUCAAUCCAAGAAAUUUACUCUGGGAAAAAUUCCAUUAAAGCCACCACCUGUGGAGCUUCUAAAUAUUUAACAGGACAAUUUUAAAUACAAAAAAAGAAUGGCUUUAAAGUUGUUUUGCGUGGUUCAUACAAAAGAGCAUAUAUAUAUAUACACACACACACAUAUAUACAUAUGCAUGAAUAUGCUUCAUGUUCAUAGGGAAUAUAAGCUUUCAAUAAUAACUUGAGAGGUUUUAAAUUUUAACAUUUUUUUCUUAAGACUAAUUAAAAUGUAACAUAAAAAGACUCAGCAAGCAAGGGAAUUUUUUAUACUGUAAUUAUGAAAUUGAAAAAACUAUUAUGCACUGAAUAAAAAGUACUUUUAUCAUUCUA